AUGGCUGAUGAAAAGAAGAAUAAAGGGCACAACAAAAACUUAGAAUCAAAACUCGUAGCGAAGGGCACCAACGACAGCGGCGAUAGUAGCAGCAAGUGGCGCGACAUACAACGGCGACAACAGCAACAGGUGGAACAACAUACAAAGCCGACAACAGCGGAAGUUGGCGCAACGACAACAGUAAGUGGCGUGAUGGCAGCAGCGGGUGGCGCAACAAACACCGGCAACGACAUUCGUAGUAGAGACAAAGAGAAUGGGGAGCUCUACUAUGG